CGAGUAUCAUGUUUAUACAUUCCAAAUAGAUUCUUUUAUUUGUCAGCAUCCCUAGUAUCUAACGAUGGUGUAGUUUUGGACGGGAGAGGAGGCGAAAAACACCCGAAUCAACCGUCGCCGGGGACUGCAGACCAAAACACGAAUCUCGAUGAUAGCCUUCGUCGCUUCUUCCACCCUCGUCCCGCCGCUGUUGGAAGCCAUCGUUCAUCACCCGUCCACCACCAAUUUCCCCUUUCACGAAUUCCAAAUCCGCCAACGGUUCACCCUCAAAUCUCAACCUGCUGGCAUCAUCGACCCCAGGAGAAACCUCUGCGUAGUCUAUGCCGGGGAAAACAAUGGCGACAGAGAUGUGGCAAGCACGGAAGAGAAGGGAAAGGAAAAUGGCCAGAAGAAUAAUAUGCAGGCUACAUUGAAUUUGAAGUGGGUUGAGCUAUUGCUAGAUCCGGACCCGGAAAACAUUGUGGCGGUUGGGUUAACGGGUCUGCUGGCGUGGGCGGGCGUGCAGAUCUUGUGGCAGCUGUUCGUGAUCUCUUUGGCGAUUCUGGUUGCUGCACUCAAGUAUUCCUUCAUAGCCGCACUUCUCAUCGUCAUCCUCAUCACUCUUCUUUGAUCCCAGCGGAAACUCAAACUCUUCAAUUUGUCAUUUCUGGUGAUGGAAAUCCAGGCUUUUCUGCCCAUGUGAUGUCGUUAUGCGAACCCCCACGCGUAUUUACAAGUGAUUGUCAUUUUGAUCUCAAUCCAAUUUGAAUAUUUUAUCUGAAUCUAGAGAAAGUGGACACAAUAUGUAAGAAUGAAUAAAAUAAUUAAAGUUUUCUGGUAUUGUUACCCGUGCCUUGCACGAGAUACACAAUACGGAGUAUUUCAGAUUUUAAACCUUAAAUAAAUACUCGGGAAGGUUCUC